GUCUGCUCUGAAAAAGACUUCAAUCUAAGGUUGCAGUCUCAGAUUCCAGCAAUUUCAUGUCCAGCUGAAAUACUAUUGUGUUAAAGGUCCAAGACUGAAGUUCCCAAACAGACUCUCCUGGACUUGUGCUCCUCUUAAGCCAAUCAAUACGGUCAGGAGAAUGGAAUGCUCCAAUUGGCAAGUCCUGGACCAUAUGACUUCUUGGCUGGAAAAGAUGUCCUUGACUGAGCAGAAAGUGAGAGGAAAUGGGGGUGAUUUCACAAAGAAAACCUAGAAUCAGGAGGAACAGGCACGAGUAUAUUUUGUGUUUGUGGGACAACACAAAACAGUGCAUAUUCACUAUAGCAAAUUUCUAGAUGCUUCCAAUGUCAAGAGGCUGGACGCUGCCUCCUGAGGUUUACUUAACAACGGGCAAAUUCGUUCUCUUGGCCUAAAGCAAAGAAAAAGCUCCAAGACACAAGAAGCUUUGGCAGCAGCCCAAUUACGAGUUUAAUUAAAAGUGAGUAAUUAUGAAACGGUGGGUACAAAGACCGACAAAAGAGCACAUAAAGCUGGAACCAGGAUCAGCCCAGGAAGGACGCAGACGCGCGCUGGUGUACACAGGAUGACUGCAGCCCAGGACAGAAGCUGCUCUGCGGUGAGACCGCAGGAGCCAGGUAGCCUGUGUCCAGCCCUGUGAACCUUCCUGGUGUCUUGCAGCCCAGCCUGGUUUGUUUCUGGCUCUGCAGAUUGUCGGCUCUGGCAAACCAUAGACACUGCGACCUCAGAUUCCUGGUUGUUCCUCUUUUCAAAAUUAGUCAACAGUGAGUUUUGUUUCUUGUUAACAAUUGGACAAUACACAUACUGAGCUUCUAUCACAGGCCAGAGCCUAAGCUGGCAGGCUCCUAUGUUAGUUGACUUCAGCAUUUAAGGUAGAAAUGAUUAGAAAUUAGAGAUGCCAAAGGACAUUUAAUUCCAGCUACAAUUCUGUUGAAGGGUUGUGUGCUAAUGAGAAGCUGUUGAGCAAAGCUGUUCCCUGCAACUAUAAAAAGAACGGCACGUUGCAUUUUCACUGUGGCCUCCUCAUAGCUGUCAGAAAGACCUCAUGUCAGCCAGGCUCAUUUUAAAUAUAGAAACCCCCUAAAAAUAGCCUCCCGUGUUACAGACUCAACAGAUGAUUGGGCCUAAAGUCGGGGAGGAGAAUAGAGGCUUCUGCGGAGGAGAGAGGAAGGACAGACCUACUGUCCCCCUCUUGCCGCCAUGGCUCUGCCGCUGAGAUCUUUGAGUCGGGGUUUUGCCAGCGCCGCCAAGGGUGACCACGGCGGGGCAGGAGCUGGCACCUGGCGCUUCCUGACCUACGUGCUGGCGCUCCCUGGCGUGGCUCUCUGUACACUCAACUCCUGGCUCCACGCGGGUCAGCACCAGCGCCCCGAGUUCAUCCCCUACCACCACCUCCGUAUCCGCACCAAGCGCUACUCUUGGGGGGACGGCAACCGCACUCUUUUCCACAAUCCCCACGUCAACCCUCUGCCCACUGGUUAUGAACACCAUUGAGGGGGCUGGUGGCCCCGAUGCAAUAAAGGCUUGGAAGCCAA